AUGAUUCCGCUGCUGCCGCACCGUGGCCUUCUGCGCCCCUUAUUGUCCACCUGCCUCGCCAUUUUCCUCCUUCUCGCGUCAGGAACAGCCUACGAAACCGUCUCGGACGAGACUUUGCGAUUCCUCCCGCGGCCCGGGAAGGAUUUCGAUAUCCACGAUGGUGCACUCCUCGCCCCGAUCCUGGUGCCCCGUGUCUCCGGGACUGCGGGUAACACCGCCGUCCUAAAUCACCUUGCGGAGUUCUUCCGCACCUCGCUCCCGGAGUGGACGCUGCAAUUCCAGAACUCGACAUCGAAGACCCCAGUCUCCAAGGGGAAGGAGGUUCCCUUCGUCAACCUCAUCGCCUCCCGGGAUCCGCCCGGCGCCAGCCCCGGCGACGUCGGACGCCUGACCCUAGUUGCGCAUUACGACAGCAAGUACGAACCGGAAGGCUUCAUCGGGGCGAUCGACAGUGCCGCGCCGUGCGCGAUCAUGCUGCACGCCAUGCGGAGCAUCGACAGCGCCCUGACGAAGAAGUGGGAGGACAUGCGCGCCCAGGGGCAGCUACAUCUGCUGGAGGAACAACAGGGCAUCCAGGUCAUCUUCAUGGACGGGGAGGAGGCUUUCAAGGAGUGGACGGCCACCGACUCGCUGUACGGUGCACGCUCCCUGGCGGAGCAGUGGGACUCCGAGGUUCACUCGGCGAUGUCCGUGUACCGGUCGCCGCUCGACUCGAUCUCCCUGUUCGUACUGCUGGAUCUGCUAGGCGCCAAGGACCCCACGAUCCAGUCGUUCUUCCCCACCACGCACUGGGCGUACAAGAAGCUGGCCACGCUGGAGCGGCGGCUGCGGGAGCUGAAGCGGUUCCGGUCCUCGGAUUCCGGACGGUCCUGGUUCCCUCAUCAGUCAAGGAGCGAAAAUGAGAUCCCGAUAUACAUGCACAUUGAAGACGACCACAUUCCUUUCCUGAGACGAGGCGUGGAGGUCUUGCAUAUCAUUGAUGCCGGCGAUCGGGGCUUUCCCACGGUCUGGCAUACGAUCAAGGAUGACGGCGAACAUCUGGAUAUAGACACCGUGGAGGACUGGAGCGUACUGUUCACUGCGUUCGCGGCCGAGUGGAUGGAGCUCGAAGGCUUCAUGUCUGGAUCCGGGGCCGGUGCUGGCCCCGUCCACAAGCGCUCUACUAACAGCUGGGCUAAGACGGAAUUGUAA